AUGACGGCGGGAACUGACCGGGUUAUAGUCACAGAAGAGGACCUAUCCACAGUCAUCCAAUGCCAAACUGAUGCAAGCAUACAUGUCCAGAAACUUCAGGCCUCUCACAAGACCCUGCAAGACAGACUGGACAUGCUAGAUGAUGCACGGCUCCGAAAUAAUAUAAAAAUAAGGGGCAUAGCUAAAUCAAUUGAUGACAGAGCUCCCCCACUUCCUCCAAAGGCUACUCUCGGCAAACUUGCAUCCCAG